AUGGAUUCUUUUAUGAAUAAGGGAGGAUUCAAAGCUGCGAAAUGUAAAACUCUGUUGAAACUGACAAUUCCCCGAAUAAAGUUACUGAGGAACAGAAGAGAGAUACAAAUAAAGCAAAUGCGUAGAGAAAUUGCCAAGCUCCUUGAGACCGGCCAAGAAGCAACUGCUCGGAUUCGAGUUGAGCAUAUAAUAAGAGAAGAGAAGAUGAUGGCAGCACAGGAGAUAAUUGAGCUAUUCUGUGAGCUUAUAGUUGUACGUCUUCCAAUCAUUGAAGCACAAAGGGAGUGUCCUCUAGACUUGAAAGAAGCAAUUUCCAGUGUAUGCUUUGCUGCACCAAGGUGCGCCGAUCUCCUAGAGUUAAUGCAGGUUCAAAUGCUGUUUGCUGGAAAAUAUGGAAAAGAAUUUGUUUCUUCUGCAACUGAGCUUAGGCCGGAAUGUGGUGUAAAUCGCCAGUUGGUGGAGCAAUUAUCUGUUCGAGCUCCAACUCCUAAUGUGAAACUGAAGCUGCUCAAGGAAAUUGCUGAAGAGCAUGAGCUAGACUGGGAUCCAAGUGCGUCUGAAACUGAAUUGCUGAAGCCACAUGAAGACUUACUGAGUGGUCCGACACAAUUUCCCAGUGGUUCUAAGUUGCCCUUUAACGAUUUUCCAGAAGUUCCUAAGCAGCCAUUACAGUCAAGUAAAGGCACAGUCUCGGCACCAGAAAUGCUUCCUUUUCCUGCAUCUGCCCUAUCUGAAAGUUACCAAGAAGAUUCAGAACCUUCUGGAGAUGACAGAAGUCAGUCAGAAGAAGUGUUGCUGGAGAAAUCAGUUAGCAAAGAACGUGAAUCCCCCAAUAUUUCAUUGGGUCCAGUGGAAGACAAACAGUUUGUGCCAUUCAUAUCUCCUCCAUCACAAUCUUCUGCGUCAGUUCCUUUGAGACAAGGAAAUAUACCUACCCCUGUCGUGGGUAUUAAAAGUGAGAACAAUGUGGAUUUACAGGAUGUAUUGGCUGCUGCUCAGGCGGCUGCUGAUAGUGCUGAUCGUGCAGCAGCUGCUGCUCGCUCUGCAGCUAGCCUUGCUCAGCUUAGAAUCAGUGAACUUGUCAGGAAAAAUAAUGACGUGGUUUCAUAUGGUAGAGUUGAAAAUCCCUUUCAUGGUAACAAAGCCACGUUGGAUGACAUAGAAAAGCCUGUUUUGGAUAAUCAAAGCUCGUUUGGUUCUGACAGUGUUUUGGGUUCUCCUUGCAUGCAUCAGGCGUCAGACCUUAGUUCUAACAAUGCCAAAGGGGAAGUGAAUACCUCAUCGCCCAACAAUCACGUCGUCAGCCCCGGAACUGCUCACCAACCUCACAGAUUACCUUCAAUGGACGAUGACACAAUUCUCUCAUAUCCAAACCUGUUCACUAGGCAAAGCUCAAAUCUUAGCUCUCAUGCUCUGUCAUUUACAGAAAAUUCCAGGUCAACCCAGAAUCAGUAA